GCCACAUGUGGGAACUGUUGCAUCACUUCAAUGUUUCCGGACUGAGGGGAAGUCAGAUUUUUUUUUCUUCUGAACUCAGAGAGAAGUCUGGAAAACAAGAGAUCGCUGCCGGGACAGUCAGAGAGACACAUCUGGGAGAAGUCCUCAGCAGCACCUUCCGCAGUGCCAGUCCUGGAGACGGUACGGUAAACCUUUGUGAGAAUGCCGGUCCCCCCGCCUCCUCCUCCUCCAGGUCCUCCCCCUCCUCCUACAUUUUCACAGGCUAAUAUAGAAAAACCCAGUUUAUCUAAAACCCAGCAAUCGGGAAGAAAUGCUUUGUUGUCUGAUAUUUCAAAAGGAAGAAGGCUCAAGAAGGCCGUCACCAAUGACAGGAGUGGGCCAGUCUUUGAAAAACCGAAAACAUCUCCUGGAGGUGGCGGUGGAGGAAUGGGCGGUGGAGGAAUGGGUGGCGGUGGCGGAGGUGGAGGAAUGGGAGGAGGCGGAGGAGGCGGAGGUGGCUUUGGAGGGCCACCUGGGUUAGGUGGCUUGUUUCAAGGAGGAAUGCCAAAGCUACGAUCUUCAGGAGGCAGAGAAAAUGAUUCAGUGGGAAGCAGACCACCAAUGUUGCCUCCUGGUGGAAGAUCAACCACUCCUAGACCUUUUGCUCCACCAAGUGGAUCUCCGAGAGGCCCUACACCUCACCUGGGCAUAAGAAGCAGUGCCCCAGAACUACAGAGAAACCGCAUGCCACCCCCUCCCAGGAAUGAUUUUAGUCCUAGAUCAGAAAAUGCACCACCUUCAGUUCCUAAUACACCGAGGCCCAUGCCAUCAAGUCUUUACAAUAGAGGCCCUCCACCAGUCCCUGCUGGAAACAGGCAAAUGGGCACAGGAUCUGCUCCUCCACCAUGGAAAAAAAGUCCUGGAUUUGGUGGUAACAGCAGAACAUCUCCGUCAAUGCCUCCAUCACUUCCUUCUAUGAACAAGCCAUCACUUCCUCAAACACCUAGUCGUUCCAUGGAUGACAGACCACCACCGCCUCCAACAGGAAACAGGCCACCAUUCAGUAGAGAAGAUGAUAGACCACCACCUCCGCCAACAGGAAAUAGACCACCACUUGGCAGAGAUGAUGAAAGGCCACCACCCCCUCUAGCAGGGCAUAAACCUCCAUUUGGUAGAGAGGAUGACCGGCCACCACCCCCUCUAGCAGGGCUCAGACCUCCAUUUGGUAGAGACGAUGACCGGCCACCACCUCUUCCAGCAGGAAACCGGCCACCAUUUGGCCGAGAAGAUGACAGGUCCCCUGCUCCUCCAGCAGGACAUAGGCCUCCAUUUGGCCGAGAUGAUGAUCGGCCACCUCCGCCUCCAACAGGACAUAGACCACCAUUUGGUAGAGAUGAUGACAGGCCUCCUCCUCCUCCAACAGGAAACAGACCUCCACUUGGAAGAGAUGGACCCCCACCUCCCCCAUCUCAAAACAAUAAGCCCCCAGUUCCCUCCACACCUAGACCCAUUUCAUCUAACCAGGGACCUCCUCUGCCACCAGGCCGUCCUGGACCUCCUCCACUUCCUCCUACCCCUUCCAAUUUUGAUGAUAUGCCAAGACCUCCUCAGCGAAACCCUUCGUUUUCAUCCUUACCUGCUCCACCUCAGCCUGCUGCGCUCUCUAGCCGGUCUGGUCCACCUCCACCACCAUCUAGAGACCCACCUUCAAGGACAGGACAACUUCCUCCACCUCCCCCUGCCAAUAGAAAUGGAUUUACUCCUAGGGGAUCAAUACCCCAGCCUCCGAUGAAACCUGGAGUAGAAUCCCCCAGAACUGGCUCCAGACCACCACCACCUCCAGAAAGACCAGGCUUAGGGCCUCUGCCCCCACCACCACCUUCUUCUUCUAUGAGAAACGGUUAUCAAGAUUCAUCUGGUGAAGAUGAAUGGGAACGACGAUUUUCAUUCCGCCCAUUUACUGAUCUUCCACCACCCGAACCCUACAUACCGACGAACAAGUCUUACCCCAGUAAACUCAUGAGAAAUGAAAGCCGAAGUGGAUCUUCCAGAAGAGAGAGAGGUGCUCCUCCUUUACCUCCAAUACCCAGGUGAAAAGGAUCUCUAUGCCAAAGAUUCCAGUGUUCCUUGACUUUUUUUGUAAAUGUUUGAAGAAAAGGAAAAAAGACCACAUAGGAUCAUCUGAAUGACUGGGUGGAUACAUCUUGCUCUACGGUUGCAUUGCAUUAUUGAGGGAUGUUAUGUUACUGUCGAUCAGCAUUCCUGUGUUUCUGUCUUGAGGAUAACCAGUGUUAAAGACCAACAAAAAGACCGUUCAUGACUAUGAAGAUAUGAUUGAUAUUCUCAGGAAUCUUAAAAAAAAAAAGAUUAGUACAUCUGCUCUGAUUUUUCACAUCCAGAAAGAAAAGCUGCGCUUUCUUUUGAAUUCUGUCUUUUAUCCUGCUAGUCCUAUGCAAUUUGUUACUUAGGUGAACCAUCCAUAGGUGCUUGCAAAAUGCCUCAAGUGUGAUGUAAAUAUGCUUCCUUGAACCUCAAGGAAACCCAAAUCUAGGGGUGCUUGCUCCUUGCAGAUAAAGUUUUUGAUGCCUUGUCUAAAUAUACGGUUUGAAUCUGUAUACAGAGCAAGUGCCCUUCUAGCAAGCAUUGCAACAUUGGAAAUGGAUGGGAAAGGGAGACGUUUUUCACAUUAUAAAGGUACAUGCAGACACCUUUAGGCACCUGCCACCACAUAAUAUAGCACAACUGAGAUGGCUAGUUGGUGACGGGUUCACUUUAACUAGUUGUAGUCAAUUGUCGGUGAAGAUUCAGGAAACAGUUGCCUUCUCGAUUUAUAUGUUCUCAUUUAUUCCUCGCUAUUUGAGCAUUCGAGGUAAAGAAUGAACACAAUGGCUUAUUGUGAUAUGGGUGCUGGUCUAUAUGUACCAUGUGCAUCGUUUAUGAAGGAUGUUCCAAGCCUUUGUUAUGUGAGGCAAGCACUGUGAGAAAUAGUAAUUCAUAUUUUCUAAAUAGCGUAUUCAUCUGCAGUAAUGUAUAUAGCUUUAUUAAGUCACCAUCCUAAUAUGGAAAUCCAAAAACUUUGUAUGAUCGUUGUCUGAUCCCACCAAAUGUAUCAGCAUCCGAUGAUGACUGGGAUGUCUAAGGGUAUGUCUGAGUUCUCAGCAAAUAUCUGUACUGUUUAACUUGGAUGAAGAAUCUGUUAGAUGUUUUUAAUUUACCCCGUAGGCUGAAACAAAGGGAAUCUAAAGCCUCGUACACACGACCGAGUUUCUCGGCAAAAACCAGCAAGAAACUUGCUGGUAUUUCUUUUUUGC